GACACACUACGUCACCGCUCCGUCACGUCCGGCUCGUCCUUUUCCCUCCGAUCUCUCAACAUGGCGCCGGUGAGUACUCUCAGCUCCCCGGUUGUUGCCCCAAUUUGUUAAAAAUACUUUGUAUUUCUCACCCGCUGACCUAGAUUUAUAACAAUAAACACUUAUACUAUAACACUGUUUUAUUGUGUGAAAAAGUGAGUCAAGUACGCAUUAGUUCCUCGCGGUCCUGACGUUUGCUCACACGUGGCUCAUUCACUAGUCCCUGACAGCAGGCCAAACUCCAUGUAGUAAACAGUGUUUUCUUGUAUAUCUUUACUUUUCACCCACCUAUCGUGUUCAAAAUGACGAGAACAUGUGUCUGAAGUGUAGUUAGAUGUCCACCCAAAGUUCGGCUCAACUGAAGUUUUGGUUUUCCUUUUAAUUGCUCUUUGAAAAGUUGACUAUGUUGUAUAAUACUUUCCAGUAAGCUCUAGUCCUGUUUCAGCAUCUAGAAACCUCUACCACAACAUUUAUCUUUACAUAAUUAAAGUUAUAUGACGAACCUAUUUAAGCUAAUUUGUCUUUUAAUCAGUUUUUUUUCUGUAAAGACAUUGACUGAAGUUUGAAGUUUUGACUCUGUUAAACAAUUUUUCAAUGCCACUGAUGGGUUUAGGUGUAACAGUUCCAGGUGUUAGUCUUAUCAGGACCCAGUCAGGAGAAAACUAAAUAGGAGGAGACAAUUCCAGUAACCUGGUGUUACCCAAACAGCUUGUGAUGCUGUCAGAAAUUAUUUAACUUUUUUCAAACAGAUUUAGAAAUGUGUCUGUUUCUAACACGUCUAACUUCACUGUUUUUAACCUGACAGAACAAGGUGAAGAGGCCGACUGUGAGGCCAACUGCCGGCAAGAAGUCCAAAAAAGGAGCGUCUUGGAAGUUCACUCUGGACCUGACCCACCCUGUGGAGGACGGGAUCCUGGACUCUGCUAACUUUGUAAGUCUUAAUGCAUCAUGUUGCACCUUUUACCCUCUUUUAAAUAAUAACGGUUUGGGCUCAAGACACUCUCAGUCAAAGAAAAAUUCACAUAUUAUCAUGACUAUUAACUUUAUUUCAGACCCAAUAUGUUCAUAUCAUACAAAAAAUACAAAUCAGAGUUUUAUCUUGGCAUUUUCUGUGAAUGAACCAUGAUAAAGAGUAAACAUAGUCAAGUUUUCAUGCAGCUAACGUCGUGCCUGGACUAGGGCUCCCUUCCCUAGCUCCUAAUCUACUAGGGUUCUCUUCCCUAGUGCGUCAUUAUGCUCUGUUUAACAGGAAACCUUCCUCAAAGAGAAGAUUAAGGUCAAUGGAAAGACCGGGAAUCUGGGAAACACCGUCCAGGUGGGCCGCAUGAAGAACAAGAUCAACGUGUCGUCUGACAAGCAGUUCUCCAAGAGGUGAGGUGGACGGAGACAUGAGGGCGUAAACAAACACGGCCAACACUGUCAUUGAAAAUCAAAAUUAAAACCUCUCGUACCUGCAGACAAAUGCAGGCUGUACGAUAAAUUCUGGUGUUUAAAGACUCCACCUCUCCUCACCAGGUACCUGAAGUACUUAACCAAGAAGUACCUGAAGAAGAACAACCUCCGUGAUUGGCUGAGAGUUGUGGCGUCUGAUAAGGAGACCUACGAGCUGAGAUACUUCCAGAUCAGUCAGGACGACGAAGAGUCAGACGCAGACGAGUAAACAGCAGAGACGCCACUCUGUGUUUGUGUUUGUGUUUGUGUCAGGAGAAUAAAGGUGAACAAAGAAGUUU